AUGGCUGUCCGAUCCGCUUUCGACCCCAAAGACAUGGUCUUCCGUCACCUCGGCCCUACUGGGUUGAAGGUCUCGGUUCUCUCACUGGGCGGCUGGCUCACAUAUGGUGGCACGCAAAAGGGUAACAUUGUGAAAGAAUGCCUGCAAGCUGCGUGGGACCAUGGCAUCAACUUCUUUGACACUGCAGAGACAUAUGCCAAUGGCCAAUCCGAGAUUGAGAUGGGCAAUGCCCUCAAGGAACUGAACUGGCCCCGAGACGAGUAUGUCUUGUCCACCAAGAUCUUCUUUGGCACCGGUCGAAAAGAACCCAAUACUCGUGGCCUCUCGCGGAAACAUGUGGUCGAAGGUCUCAAGAGCUCCCUGGAGCGUCUCCAACAGCCAUAUGUAGACAUCGUUCUGGCGCAUCGACCUGACUAUGCUACCCCGAUGAAGGAAAUCGUCGAAGGCUUCACUCAGGUGAUCCGUAAUCUCAACCUUGCGUACUAUUGGGGGACGUCGGAAUGGUCAGCUACCCAGAUUACGGAAGCCACCUUGAUUGCUGAAAAGUACAACUUGAUCGCGCCCAUCGCCGAGCAACCCCAGUACAACGCCUUCCACCGUCAGCGAUUCGAGGUCGAGUAUGCGCCACUGUACAAGGAGUACAAGUACGGCACGACCAUUUGGUCGCCGCUCGCCUCUGGUCUCCUAACUGGCAAGUACAACAACGGCAUUCCCGAGGGCUCACGGUUUGCCAACCACAAAGACUUCUUUGGUAGCACCAUCGAAUCGCUCCAGAAGCCCGAAGGUAAGGCCAAGAUCGAAAAGGUCAAGAAAUUGACUGCCAUCGCCGAACGACUAGGCGGCAACAUGUCACAAUUGGCUCUGGCGUGGUGUGCUAAGAACCCCAACGUGAGCACUGUCAUCCUCGGCGCCACCAAGGUCGAGCAAAUUAUGGACAACUGCAAGGCCCUCAAGCUGUUGGAGAAGUUGGACGACAAGACCAUGCAAGAGAUUGAGGAGAUCCUGGACAACAAGCCCGCUGAGCCGGCAAGUUUUGGGAGAUCGAGGUAG